UUUUUUUAAAAAAAAGGGCAAUAAACACAAUAUUUUUAGAAUUUGUUUUUAAAAAUAUGUUAUCUUUGUAAUGUCCAGGUAGCCCCUGAGUUACAAACAUCUGAUUUACAAAUGACUCAGAGAUAACAAUGAGGAUGAGACAACAGGAAGUGUGAGAAAUUGACCCUUCGGAAGAGAAAUUCACUCCUGGAAGAGUUAUCAUGGGGAAAAAAGUGUAUCAACUGAAGCUUUCUCAUCAAUUGUUUCCACAAGCCAAUUUGUUCAAAAUCCAAUGAUCACAGGGACAGAAAGUUAGGUGAAGUCCUCUGAACAGGAGCACAGAUAGCAAAACAAACACCACAGGGGUGUUACCUAUGCUAUCCAAAACUAAUAAUAUUUUUGGCUGGAGUUACGCUUUAAAAAUGUACCUGUUCUGACUUAAAUACAAAUUCAGUUCAAGAACAAACCUACAGAACCUGUCUUGGUUGUAAUUUGGGAACUACUUGUACUAUUGUCUUUUCUGUUAUGAUUUUUAUUUUCAUGAGUUAUUAUUUUGUUUGCUGUCCAAUGUGGUGUAGUAAUUUGAGUAAGACCUUCCUUAUAAAUUUCAGAUUUCAAUAUUAAUGUCAAAAUAUGUAGUAUGGUUUUACACAGGAUUUGUGCUACAUUAGAACAGUAAAGACAAAUAUCACUUAUGCAAAAUAAACAUUAAAUAUUAAAUAACCAAAAAUAAAAUAAAAUAAGGUGUAAACACUAAACUAAUCUGGGAAUCUGCAAUUGCAAUAGAUUGGACUCAGACUGAGGGUGCAAGUCCCUGCUUAACAUGGAAAUCCUCUGAGUAGCUUUGGGCAAAUUCCACUCUCUCAGCCUCAGAUAGAGGCAAUGGUAAACUCCUGAACUAAUUUGGUCAAGAAUCCAUCCACAUUAGAAUUAAAAAAUUAAUGCAGUUUAAUUGCCAUUACUCAAUAGUAUUACUAUGGAACCAUGGAAUUUGUAGUUUGGAAAGGCACUGGCUUUCUUAAGAAGAGAAAAUUAAAGGUCUUGUAAAACUACCACUCCCAUGAUUUCAUAGCAUUGAGCCACGAGAGUUAAUAGUGGUGUCAAACUACCUUCAUUCUAUGGUUUAGAAACUCCCACAGUCUUAUGUUGGUUUAAUAUGCAACAUUCUAAUACACAGUACGUUCUUUUGAGGAAUGCUAUCUAAUCUAUUCAGAUGAGAACCUGAGCAUGAGAGAUCACCUUGAAUCUUAUCCUUGUCUAUGCAUUUGAAGUUCUUAGCCAGAGAAUUUGGUUUGUUAUCUUCACCUGUUAUGUUGUUGAAACCCUCAAAUGGAAUGACCUUUGAUUACGGGGAAAUAACUAAAUAAAACCAAUCGUGGGUUGAAUGUCUCAUGACUGACGUGUACUUUGAGCUGCAGCAGGAACAUAUAAAUAGUCACCGAAAUCAGCGAAGUCGAGCACAGAGACGAAAUUGACCUGAACAGUAUGAAGAUUUUUUUCCUCCUAGUGGCUUUUGAGCUUUGUUGGGCUCAGUACAACCCAAAUACAAAGUCUGGAAGGACCUCUAUUGUCCACCUCUUUGAAUGGCGUUGGGCUGACAUUGCUCUGGAGUGUGAGCGCUAUCUGGCACCUAAUGGAUAUGGUGGAGUGCAGAUCUCCCCUCCAAAUGAAAAUAUUGUCAUUACAAAUCCAUGGAGGCCAUGGUGGGAAAGAUAUCAGCCCAUCAGCUACAAACUAUGUUCACGAUCUGGGAGUGAAAAUGAAUUCAUAGACAUGGUCACCAGAUGCAACAAUGUUGGAGUACAUAUCUAUGUUGAUGCUGUAGUCAACCACAUGUGUGGAUCUGGAGGUGGAGAAGGCACCCAUUCUACUUGUGGAAGCUAUUUUAAUGCCGGUACCCGUGACUUUCCUGCAGUCCCUUAUUCAGCAUGGGACUUCAAUGAUGGGAAAUGCAAAACAUAUAGUGGAGAGAUUGAAAAUUACAAUGAUGCUUACCAGGUCCGUGAUUGUCGCCUUGUUAGUCUUCUUGACCUUGCUCUGGAGAAGGACUAUGUGCGCUCAACAGUUGCUAACUUUAUGAAUCGCCUGAUUGACAUUGGAGUAGCAGGAUUUCGGAUUGACGCUUCCAAACAUAUGUGGCCUGGGGACAUGAAAGCAUUUUUAGACAAGCUAAAGAAUUUGAACACAAGUUGGUUUCCUGAAGGAACAAAGCCAUUCAUCUUUCAAGAGGUGAUUGAUUUGGGUGGAGAGGCCAUCUCAGCCAGUGAAUACUUCGGAAAUGGCCGGGUAACAGAAUUCAAAUAUGGUGCAAAAUUAGGGACAGUCAUUCGCAGGUGGAAUGGAGAAAAGAUGGCUUAUCUAAAGAACUGGGGUGAAGGCUGGGGUUUCAUGUCUUCUGACAGAGCUCUGGUUUUUGUGGAUAAUCAUGAUAACCAGAGAGGACAUGGUGCUGGCGGAGCUUCCAUUUUGACUUUUUGGGAUCCUAGACUCUACAAAAUGGCAAUUGGUUUCAUGCUUGCUCACCCCUAUGGUUUUACUCGAAUCAUGUCAAGUUUCCGUUGGUCAAGGAAUUUUGUGGAUGGAAAGGAUGUGAAUGACUGGAUGGGACCUCCAAGCAAUUCUGAUGGCUCAACUAAGUCAGUCACCAUUAAUCCAGAUACAACCUGUGGCAAUGGGUGGGUCUGUGAACAUCGAUGGCGUCAAAUAAGGAAUAUGGCUAUUUUCCGCAAUGUUGUUGAUGGACAGGCUUUUACCAAUUGGUGGGACAAUAAUAGUAAUCAAGUGGCAUUUGGUCGUGGCAACAAAGGAUUCAUUGUCUUUAAUAAUGACGACUGGAACUUGUCUGAAACACUGCAAACCGGUCUUCCUGCAGGCACAUAUUGUGAUAUAAUUUCUGGUGAAAAAGAGGGGAAAAGCUGCACUGGAAUCAGAAUUGAAGUCCAAGGUGAUGGCAAAGCUUAUUUUCAGAUCAGCAACACUGCUGAAGACCCAUUUGUUGCAAUUCAUGUUAAUGCAAAAUUAUAAUUCUGUCCAAACAAAUGUCCUUCCUUGAUCUUGCUUUCCUAAACAAUUGGAGUGAUGUAGAAUAAUACAGAAAAAUUUUAAAAUAGAAUAAAUGGCUAUAAUAUUCAA